CAAAGCGUGCCAGCCUCACAGACAAAAAAGCUUCUCGUGCAGCCGCUUCAUCUUUACAGUUAGAGGGAAAGCUUUUUAAUGGUGUUUUUUACACAGACGAAGAUGUCGCCAAUGCCAAUGCCAAUCUCCAAGAUCCCCAGCUGGAAUGUUCCUGACGAGUUGUGCUGAGUCGGCAGGCAAAAAGAUUUUACAAUCUAAACUACAAUCUGCCCCACCGGAGGCAGAUUAGAGCCAAAGGCACUCGAGAAAGCCAUAAGGGCGCCAAAAAUAAAAGUUCCCAAGCGGAAUGCGUGAGAUUAUGGUAAUCUUUGGCGGUGUGAGCGCUUUCCUAUUUUUGUCAAUGGCUUGACCAAUACUAAGUCGGAUGAUAUAAAGCAAUAAUCUGCGGCGAAGCUACAUAUAAGUGGACUUCGUCAGGUGCGACGCCGUUAGUAAUCCAGCAAACGACGGAAAUGAAAGGAAUCGUGCUCUUGCUGCUCUGCGGAGCGUUGUUCGCGUCCGCGGUCAACUUGCCAGGAGUACCUGUUGACUUCGAAAUGGACGACAAGGUACUGUCCGCCAUUGCGGACGACGUUGCGGAUCGCCUCGCGAAGGAAUACCUCACCUACAUGAAGACGGGCGUUGAAACGCCUGCCUUCAAGACAUUGACCUCGCAACUGGCCAAGUCACACAGCCAGAAAGACAUUUUCACGCGGAAUCUGCCCGAACUGGAGGCACGCGACAGCUUCUUCGUGUGCGUCGCCUGCCGCUCAGUGAUGCGCGUCUUUGCCAGGACCAUUCGGGAGGAGGAUGGUGAGCUUCACGGCGAGGACAGCGCCGAGUUCAUGAAACAGUUUGCAAUGGACUUGUGCAGGCGCCUCAACAUGCAGACCGAAGAGGUUUGCGAGGGUCUGAUCGAUUCCAACCUUCCCAGCGUCGAGUAUAUCCUGCGAAACUCCGAGAUUGACUCGCAGACCUUCUGCUCGCUGUUCAUGCAGUUCAGCUUCUGCAACACUGGCUCCAACCAGGACUACAACUGGACUCUGACCGUGGACUCCACUGGCGAGGCUAUCAGCGGCCCCAAGUCGGACCCCCCUCAGGCCACGGACACGGACCUCAAAAUCUGCCAUUUCAGCGACAUCCACCACGACCCGUUGUACGAGCCCGGCAGCCUCGCCUCGUGCGCUGAGCCAAUGUGUUGCCAGCGGAACAAGGACGCGGUGCAGGGAACCAGCGAGGCAGCAGGCUACUGGGGUGAUUAUCGCGACUGCGACCUGCCAUGGCACAGCUUUGAAUCGGCCCUUGAACACGCCGUGGCCACCGAGAAGUGCGAUUAUGUCUAUCAGACGGGAGACAUUGUUGAUCACAUGGUCUGGGCCACAUCUGUGGAGAAGAACACCGAAGUGCUGACCAAGGUCAGCAGCCGCCUAAACGAGGCAUACCCCGAUGUUCCCAUCUACCCCUGCAUAGGCAACCACGAACCCCACCCACUCAACCUCUUCAGUCCCGAGGGAGUGCCCGACGAGGUCAGCACCAAGUGGCUGUACGAGCACCUGUACAACGACUGGUCCAAGUGGCUGCCGGUCGAGACGAAGGAUACAAUCCUUAAGGGCGGCUACUACACUGUCUCCCCGCGCCAGGGCUUCCGCAUCAUCGCCCUGAACAGCAACGACUGUUACACAGACAAUUUCUGGCUGUACCACAGCGGCACGGACAAGAUCCCACAGCUGCAAUGGUUCCACGACACGCUCCUGGCGGCGGAGAAGGCAGGCGAGUAUGUCCACAUUCUCACCCAUAUCCCCUCGGGCGAUGGCACCUGCUGGUCCGUGUGGGCCCGCGAGUUCAACAAGUGCAUCACACGCUUCCGCGGCACCAUUAGCGGCAUCUUCACCGGGCACUCGCACAAGGACGAGCUCUUUGUCUACUACUCGGAGGAGGGCCAUGCCACCGCUGUGGCCUGGAACGGCGGCGCCGUGACCACCUACUCCGACAAGAACCCCGACUACAGGGUCUACGACAUCAGCUCUAAAGACUUUGGCGUGAUCGAUCACCGCACCUACAUCUACAACUUAACCAAAGCCAAUCUGACACCCGAUAAGCAGCCCGAGUGGUACCUGGAGUACGAAUUCGCCAAGGAGUUCACCGAGGACACCAGUCCAGCGGGAAUCGACCAGCUGUUGGAUGAGUUUGCUGACAAUCCACAGCUGAUGAGGAAGUACUGGCGCUUCCGUGUGACUUCUGCCGAUCCGCAGAUUAACCGCGGCUGUGAUCGCAAUUGCCUGGCCAAUUCCCUCUGCCGCGCCUCCGUGACUAUCAACAACAAGCGCGAACGCUGCGAGGCGCUCAGGGAGCGACUCUUUUUGGCUCUGGACAACGAGGAGACCACCGAACCAGGGGACGAUGAUGAUGAUGAUGAUGGAGGAGCUUCUGCCCUAGGCCUGCUCAGCCUUGCUUCGCUGCUGGCUGUGGCUCUGUCCGUUCGACUAACCUUCUAGCUUUUGUUUCUUUUGCAUACGUUAGCAUAGCUCGUAAGUUAUAUAAUUCCCUUGUGACCGUAUCCCAAUCCCAAUCCCACUCAAGUGGCAAAUAUAAAUAUGCGCUUAUCCCUAUCGAA